AGGAAAGAAAAAGAAGCUGCUGGAACGGAUAAUACGAAUUACGAACGGCGUCGCGCACGCUUGUCACGCACAGCCGCUACCUCUACGCACCUCUUCACUCACACACACACACGCCCACCUCCUCCUUCUUCACAUAUCCAAGAUAGGCUCCACGCUUCGUUGUUGUUGUUGUUGCUGCCGCUCUCGCCCUCCCUCCUCCUUUCAUUUUGAGGCACCUCGUCGGCGCACCUUUUAUGACGUGUCGCGGUGAUUUCCUGAGUUGUCUGAGUUGUCUGAGCAGCUUUGAAAUUACAUCGAAAAUACCCCCUCCUUUUUUCUCUCUGGAGGACGAAAAGAAGCGUUAAAAAGCGAUUGAAAGAAAACUAACGAGUUUAAAUAAAUAAGGAAAUAUAUAUUUAUAUAUAUAUAUUAUUUCUUCCUGUUGUGGGUGUGUGUUUUAUGAACUACAAAAGGACGAGGUUAAGGAAAAGAGAAAGGGAAUUCCCCACGACGGCACGCCUCCCCCGCCGCCAUCCGCGCGAAUCUUUCUCUUCUCUUCUUACUACUAUUACUUUUUUCGUUUCAUGUUCGCCUCGCGCUAUGCGCUCGCUCGCACCUCCACCACCGCCGCCGCCGCGCUGGCCACCACGUCGAUUCGGUUGGCGGCAUCGUCGUCGCGCAGAAAGCGCAGCGGCAGCGGCAGCGGCAGCAAGUCAGUAAAGCCACCCCGGCCCUCCCGCCUGGUGCAUGGAAGCAGUGAGGAGGGAGAGGUGGCGGCGGCAGCGGACGACGUCGACGAGGUGGAGCGGCUGCUCGCGGCAACGACGACGACGCGCACGGGGCCGCUGCCGCCGCUCAUUCCAACCUCCCCACCGCCGAUCACCGCGAAGGUGAACGAAGGAAAUUCAACGGAUGGUGCGGUGGCCGCGUCAUCGUCAUCGUCGCUGUUUACCGCGGUGCUGACGGAUGCUGACACCCCUGCAGUGCUGGACUCCGCCUCGGCUCUCCAUUUCAGGGCCGCGCACCAUACGGCAGCCGCGCACGCUGGCCCGACGCACGCGCAGCGGGAGCAGAUCGAGCGCCGUCGCAGCAAGCUGAGUCUUGCAGAAGCGGAGUUCGAGGUUGGGGUGACGGAGCGACUUGUGCCGGAGCUGCCGCGGCUGCCGGCGCUGCACGAAGUUCAUUACGGCGACGCCGUGGUCCACGAGCUCGACCGCAGCCUCUAUUUUGCAUCACAUCCGCAGCCCGCACCUCCUCCUCCACCGCCGCCGCAACAAGCAACACCCCACGCCAACCCCGACGCAUCCACCGUAGUGAUCGACGGUGCGGCGUACGUGGAGGUGAGCCUCGACAAUGCGUUGAGCGAGGCCGACUUUGCGGCAUUCGACGCAGAGGCCUCCGCCAACGGUCUGGCAGCGGCGUCUCCUCAGGUGUCGCCCAGCUUACAGGAGGAGGACGAGGACGAGGACGAAUCCAAGGCAGGCAGCGCGACCACAGCAACCAAUGCGGAAGAAUCCGUUUCUGCUGCACAAGCGCCGAUGGUCAAUGAAAGCCUUCACGCAGUGGACGACGUCGUGGAUCCAGAUGCAGCAGCGGAGGAUGAUGCGGCUGCACAGCCCAUAACGUUCGGCACGGCACGGCCGUGGUUUGUCCCGGCAUCAGGCGUGGUGGAACUCGAGCCGCUGCCGCCUGCUGACUGUGCGUUGCUGCUGCGCUUUCUGCUGUAUCUGCGGCAGCAAACAACAGCCGAUUUGGUGCCCACGCUGCGCCGCGCACUGCAGCAGGUAGAAGAAGAAGAGCAGCAGGAGAAGAACGAAGACAAAGGUGAUAGCACGAGGGCCGGUGCCGGUCGUGCAGAUGCGAACAGCCGGCAGAGCCGCCGUCCCACACUCACGCUCGCCGACGUGAUCCGCUAUUUGGAUACGGCGCCGCCGCCUGUGAUUGGAUUUACGGAGUCGCUGCCCGCACCGACUGCCUCGUCGUCCAGCCUUCCGGUGAAAGGAGUCCUCCUCUCCGCCGCCGCCGCCGCCGCCGCCGCCGUGUCUUCGUCUUCGCUUUCCGCGUCAGCCUCCAGUGCAACAUCGCCCGCCUUCGUCUUUCACCUCUACCUUGAAAACGUUUCCUCGCAGAACGCGAUAGGUCACGUGGCGACCUUCUUCGGCCUGCCGCAGCGCUGCUUUCAAACCCACUCGGCCGUCAGUAAGAUGUCGUGUACCACCGUGUUGUGCGCCGUGGCGGAAAACCGGCUGCGACGUGAACACCUCCUGCUGCUGAACACCCUCCGUCAUCCGGGCUUUGUGCUCCGUGUAAGCAGCAUUCAGGAGGUGUCGCCGGAUCGAUAUCCAUCGCAGGACAGCGACACCAACAGCAACGGCACUACUACCAGUAGUACCAGCAAUAGUGGCGACCCCCUCGUCAGCUCGGACACCGCAACGGCAGCAUCGUGGUCAUCGACGUCGGUCUCGCAGCAGCUCUUUGGUGAGCUGGCGCGCUGGCAGCCCCUCUACGCGACGGAACUGCUGCUCCGCCGCGUGUGCAGCAGCGACAGCAGCACCGCCGUCCGUACACGACAACAGCUGGAGCACCGCCUACGCGCCGUGCAAACCCUCGGCGCAAUCUGCUUCUGCGCCAACCGUGAAGCCUCGCUGGCCCGAGCGGCGACCGACGUCCUGCACGGCUUCUUCAAAUCUGCCUUGCUAAACGCGCUGCAGCGCCGCAAAGCACCGGUGCCACUCCAGCGUUUCUUAAAGCAGCCGAACGUGGCCACCGCCCAGCACGCCCACCACGUCAGCACGGACUCGACGGUGCGGCAGGUGUUGAAGACGUACGUGCAGACGAACGGGGACUGGCACGCGACGGUGGUGCGCACUCCGUACGUGUGGCGCCGUCGCUGGGUGAACGCGCUGCGGGGGCUGGUGUGGAACACGAUGGCGAGUCGGCGACUGCGUGAAGGUGGGCGGGAGGUGUGCCUCGGCGACGUGGUGCUCAAGCCGGCGUUUCGAUCCGACGUGCACCGCCGCGGGAUCGUCACGGUGAAGGCGGCGCACGUGAUGGUCGUGACGACCGCCGCCGAGGCCGCCGCCGCCGCGCUCGACGACGUCUUCAUUCCCUUCCUGCGUGGUCGCUACCCCGAGCAUCUCUUCGCGGCUGACGACACCCAUCACCCGAUUAUGACGCGCGCGAACAUGCUGGCCCUCCUUCGUGCCAUGCACGCGCCGCAGCUGCUGCUGGGCCUGACGGACGAGCUGCGGCUGCUGUUGGACGUGCGGGCUGACUCGUCGCCGCUGCUCUUUCGGCGGCUGAUCGUGCGUCCGGUGGAGAUGGAGUUCGCGAUUUUGGAGGAUAAACCGCCGAUGCGGGCGCUGCACUACGACGCGGCGCGCUUGCUGACAAACGACCGCUGGGCCGCCGCAGCAGGGGCACCAACAGCAUCGACCACCGCCUCCGUCGCCAUGACACAGCAGCAGCAGCAGCAGCAGCAGCAGCAGCAGCAGCAGCGGGCGUCGUCUCCGCCUUCUGCGGCUUCUGCGGCGUCGCGCUGCACGGGCGCGUGUCAUCUCCUGCCUCCGAGUGACGUGUUAGAGCGCACCACCCUCGGCGCGCGUCUCACCUCCGGCGUGCUGGCGGAAGAUUUCUUUUCUAUUCCGCGCCCCGAGGACUACGUCGUGCUGGGCCACGCCCACCGGUACCUCUCAGGCGGCCUCGUGCCCGCUGCUCCGCACUCCAGCACGGCGGACAUCGGUGAUCGCGUCUUCACCGUCUACAUCCGCGCGGUGGUGGAGUACAACCUGGCGGGGUUGUCGAACCUCCUGCGGGAGUACUUCCUGCUUUCUGGCAUCGAGACAGAGGCGGACAGCGCGUUGCAGCACAAGGUGCAUCGCAUGCGGCGCGAGCUGGACCCCGAGACGCCGCUGCUCACGGCACCGGUGUACUGCACGACGUGCUACAAUCGCGGUCACGAUACGCAGGAGCAGUGUGCGGAGUAUCAGCAUAAAGCGCAUCGCGGGGUCGCGCAGAGAGACCUUAUCACGGCAACGGCAGGACCGCUUCCGCUGCCAGCUCGUGCCGCGUCCACGACUGAUCGAAUCACAGAAGACACACAACCUGACACGCAUCUACCAAGCGAUAGGAGCGUCGCCUCCGCGUCGGCUGCGACAGCAAAAGCAGCAGCAGGUGCAGUAACAACCCGCACUGUGCGCAUGCGGCUGCACCUCCGCCGUCGCAACGAUGAGCAACGCUGGGGCGUGCACCUGACAAAGGCCCUUCAUUUAGUCGGCAUGGAGCACGUGCAGCUGCUCCGCGAAGGCGCGGUGUGGAGCGUCACGGAGGGGUCGGUAGAAGGAAGCGAAGAAUCGGCAGAGGGGGAAGAGAAGGCGAAGGCGAUGUCGCUGCCGGGCGCCGCACAGGCAUCGCCGUGGCCAGCAUCGUGGAUAACAGAAGCAGCAGCUGUGCACGCAAACCAUACCGUCAACGACGCGGACGGAACGGUCGGCGACGCACACGCCCGCAGCACAUCGCACGGGCUCGUGCAGUUCCUGCAAUCUGUUUUCGAACACGACCAUACGACGACGACGACGAUGAUGACGGCAGCGGCGGACGACGUCCCGAGAAGGUCUGCGUCGUCCGCAGAGCCGUUGCACGACUUGCUGAUGCAGUCCCCCGUCCUCCUCCUGCCGACCGAUCCCGCCGUGCUGCAACUACGCGCGCGGGAAAGCAGCGAAACAGGUAAGACGACGUUUGCCGGCUCUGAGCUGCUGAAGGCGUGUCCGUGGACGCUGGUGCGAGUGAACGAAGCGCCGGUGUCGACGCAGCGCGAUGUAGCGGCAGCCUUGCUGCAGCACGCGUCAAAGGCGCGCGACGUCUGGCUGACCUUCGAAACAGCAGCGCCGGCGGCCGUGAUGGCGGACGACCUCCUCGGCGAACACACUGAGCUCGUCCCUCCUCUCGCGAAAGGUUCGGAAAAUGGGGAUGACCUGAGCAAGGAAGACGUGCCUCCUGCGCUAGUGGACGCACUGCAGCACACCACGCACGCGUCGGACAAAAUUCCGCAGAGCACCGCGGCGCUGCCACCGCAGCGGCGACACGCGGUAGAAGUCGCGAUGCGCACCGCCGUGCAGCGCACCAGCCCUGCGACACAACGUUGGUUGCAGGACCUCCCCUACCGCCUCACCCUCGCCCUCUCGAAGCACCGUCGACACCUCCACAAGCGUCGCUCCUGGGGCUUGCAGCUGGACGGAAUAGACAUGACGCUGGUAAACUUCACCCGGUUGAUGGUGCAGUACAUGUACGCCUCCAACUCCGCGGAGAAGCGACUGCAGUGCGAGCACGCGACGGUGGCGUCCUUGGCGCCUGCCGCGUCGUUCCCCCGCAACGACCCGGCGCUGACGGCGCGACUGUUUGGCGAGGUGCUGCCGAAGCUGGAGCCGUUGCUAAACGACAUGUACCGCGUGGUGCGCAUUGACAACACCGCCGUGCACAACAAAGCCGAGGCUGCGCGCGCGAUGGCGGCCUUUCAAGUAUCGGUCGAUGAAAAUCUUUUGCGUGCGAAGCGCGGCAACAGCAGUGGCGUGACGACGACGGAUCUCGUAGAGUCGGGGGAGGUGCCAGAACAGUUUUUCUUAACUCUGGCGCUGGAGAGGAAAGGUUCGAGCUAUCGCCUGUGUGCCGCCGCGGUCGAUGACGCAGCAGCAACAGCAGCAACGGCGUUGACCUCCCCCUCCUCUACAACGAAAGAGACGCGCACAUCGCGAUUGAGCCAGCGCGACCAUCCUUCCGAUCCACAGCAACAGCAGCAUCUGGGUUCAUCAGCGACUGCGAGCGCGGUGAAGGUGGAUGCCGAGCUGUUGGAUGGCCUCGCCACACCGCACUGUCCGGUCCGUCCGCUGACACCGGCGCAGCUGGCCCGCAGCAGCGUCACGCUCGCCAUCAACCGUCUCGUCGCGACGGAUCUGACGCGCGGUAAGUGGGGACUGCGCCUGCAGCACGGCACACGACGCCUUAAAGCAGUCCAACAAAACCGCCUUUUUAGCUUCCACGUGUUUGCAGCCAAGCAGUCACAGGGGACGCGCAUCGCCGACACGCUUCGACUCGUCACUGCGCGUCGCACUCCUCCAUCGGCCGCAGUGGACGGCGCGGAUUCGGUGAACGCAGCCGCGGUCGCAGCGCACGUGCGCGCCCGCUCCUUUUAUCUGUACCUUGUGGAACGUGUGAACCAGAGAGACGUGCGCCAUCACGCGGAACUGCGGCAGGAGCUGUGGACGGCGGCACAACCACCCCCACACUCGCCGAUCGCGUCGCUUCCGCCUGAGUCGGUAACGCUGAGCGUUCGGCAGUUCCCCUUGUUGCGCUUCACGGUGACGGUGCGGCGUGGUGGUGUGGGAGAGGAAAGCGCGCUGGGCCCCGUGGGUCUUCAGGUGGACAGAAACAUGCGCAUUUCGGCGGUCUUUGCCGGUAGUCCAAUGGCACGGGCGCUGGCGGAGGCGGUCGGGCCGUUGUGCUCGGUACGCCACCUCGUGAAGGAUCGCAAUGGCGAAGGAAGUGCAUCAGCGGAAGCGGAUGCUUCGUCUUCGCCGUGGAAGGUAAUCGCACUUCCGCACCUGCGCGCACUCGUGGUGAAGGCGGAGUCGGUGCUGCUCAGUGACGUGUCGCAACCACGCGCCAAGCAACAGCGUCAGUGGGCCUACGAUUUAGAUGAAGACGAGGCGGCCGCCGCGAGUCAUUCUGCCAGCACACCAUCACGUACUCGAAGCAGCUCAGGUGAUGAUGACGAUGAUGCGGCAUCAGCGACGGAAGGGACAAAAUCGGAAGGGGAAGAGGUCGAGGCGCUGCGCGCGCUGGCGGACGCCGCCGCUCAUACGCUGCAACAACUCGGGAAGUGUUCCAUGGUGGACGGCGUCUGCGUGCUGCAAUCUCUGCUGCUGCAUGAAUACGCGGUGGCUCAGCUUGCAGCCCUCGCCGGCCACGACGGCAGCAGCAAAGGCGGUGACGCACGUGCGGGGCUGACGGCGCUGCAGGAGCAGCUCGACGCCGCGUAUGCGCAGGUGCAGUGGGAGGUGGUGUACGCAGCGCAGAGUAACCGGCCUCUGCGGACACCUGCGGACUUGGCAGCCGUCUUUGCCCCGGGUGUGGCGGAGGAGACAAUAUUUGUGCAGCAGUUUGUGGACGACUAA